AACUGUAGAAUAAUAAUUUCGAAAUAAUUUAAUAAUAAUUUCGUCGUAGAACGAGAAUAUUGUUCCUCAGGUUCACGUCAUUCCAUCCCAAAUUGUGCGUGUUGAUUCCAGGGUCAGUGAAUGUGAUCAUUUUCAACACAUUUCUGUUGAACUGUUGAUUCCUUAAUUAUAGGACAGAUAUUAUAAUGUUUUGGGAAGUCUUUUCACGACGCCAACUCAAAAUUUUGGUUAGCAUUGCAAUUGUGGCCAUCACCAUCUCAGCUGCAACUCGUCUGAGCAGUAUGGAGCUGGUGCUCCAGGCGUUACGGUUUUUCCUGGGCCUGACCUUCAGUGCCGGACCUCAGGACUUCGAUUCCAACCUCCCAGCGUCAGGCGCCUACGACUUCAUCGUUGUUGGUGCGGGCGCCGCGGGAUGCCUGGUAGCGUCGCGCCUCUCGGAGACCAGCGCCCGCGUGCUGCUGCUGGAGGAAGGGCCAUCGGCCACCCUGGAGACUGCCAUACCCAGACUCGCGUUCCUGCCGUACGCCACAAACACGGGCCACUUCCGCACAGUGAAGGGCAUCUCACGGGGAAACUCUAUGUUGGGAGUCAAAAACCAAAAUAAGGUAGAAUAUCAACAUUAUAUUAACGAAGUAAAAUUAUUAGCAGUAUAACAGAAGCUC